AUGGAGGAUUUUCCCAAUGUCUCAACUUACUGUCAAUGUCUUAAGAUGUUUUCUGAUCAGUUGAGAAAUGUCGGCUUCCCUAUCAACAAUCAUCGUCUGGUCCUUCAGAUGAUCUCUGGUCUCCCAGAAGCUUACCGCAAUGUUGCUACUUUGAUUCGCCAGAGCAACCCUCUUCUGGCAUUCUAUCAGGCUCGUUCCAUACUCGCUUUGGAAGAAACCGAUAUGACUAAGAUGGCAAACACAGGCUCUCAUGAUGCUAUGCACACCAUUCAGCCGAAACCUACUGAAGACACCUCUAAGCGUGGCAACCAGGGUCGCGAAGGAGGACGUGGUAACCGUAGUGCACCUCAGUCUGGAUCUCCCAGCGCUCCCUCACCUUGGUCCGCUCCUCCUUGGCAACAGCAAUAA